GCCCUUCACUCGUUGGCCAUGCGGUUCGCCAGGAGGAGGGACCUCCUGGAGCAGAUUGACGGCCUUCAGGCCAUCAUCCACCUGCAAGAGCAGGGAAAGAAACUCUUUGCCCAAUCGGCGGAGGAGACGGUCGCCAAGAACAAAUAUCUCCUUGGUUACCUGCGGGGAGAUGUCCGUCAAGGGAGCCACGAGCUGGACCUGUCCGUCAAGUAUGACCGCGCCACCAUCGUCCGCGCCUGCAGGGACCGCAAGAGGGAGAAGGUGGCUUUUUCGGAAUACACGGUGGAGGACGCCCGGGCGGCCCUGAGCAGCUACGUCUUUGGCCGCAUGAACACCCACAAUGCCCUGCUCUACGAGGUCAAGCGCCGCGGGCGCCGCCUUGAGGAUCUACAGCUCAUCCUGCGGGGAUUGGAGGCCCUGGAGACGCCGGGAGCCGAGGCCCAGGCCCAGCUCAGGGAGAUCCGCCGGCUGGAGAACAGCGUGGAAAAGACCCGGGUGCGAAUCGCGACGGGCGAACACGCCAACAUGCUGUACCGGAAGAUGCUGGAUGUGCUGAGAGAUGAAUUGGCCCACCUGCCCGUCAUCCUGGACGACCUGCAGAGGCGGGUGGAAGUCUACCAGGUGGAGCUUCAAGGGGUGCGACUCAUGACCUUUGACACGACCGAAGCCAUGGAGGCCGCCCAGGCCGACAUGCUGCACACCGAGACGGAGCUGGUGGCCGAGAAGAAGUUCCGGGACAACUCCCUCAGCGCCCAGAAGAAGCAGAUCGAGAGGAUCCGCACCAAGGACGCCACCGAGCGCCACCGCCGGACGCUGCAGGGCCGCCGGGACAUGGACUUCCCUUCCCUGAUGGGCCGCGAGGGGAUGAGAGGCGCCCGGCUGGAGGCCUCCAAGGCUCAGAUCGAGUACCAGGGCCUGGUGAUGACGGAAGUGGAGAAGAUCAAGGCGGCCGUCCAGUGCUCCCACCUCUGGGACAUCGCCGGCCGCUUCCUGGCUCAGCGCAAGUCGGAGGAGGACCUGCGCCAGCAGAUCGCCGAGAGCGAACGGCGCCGGCGGGAGCUCCAGUCCCGCCUCAAGGCUUUGGAACUGGAACGCGCCGAGUUGAAGUUCCACCCGGCGCCGGGCGCCCUCAGCUCCCAGAAGCUGGCGGAGGAACUGGGCACCGCCUUGGAGGAGGAGACCCGGCGCCUGGAGGAGGCGCAGCGCUACGUUUCCCAGAGCCAGGAGCUGCUGCUGCACUUCGAGAACGGGGUCAACAACCUGGCCGUGCGGCUGUGCGGCGUCCAGGUGGCCGGGCAGGAGGAUUUCCGCGGCGAAUCCUGGGACGUCUUCCGGAAACUCCAGUUCUGCCAGGGGCGCCUGGUGCACCUGCUGGCGGCGGCGGCGGCGGCGCCCUCCCUGCGCCUGGACUUCAGCAAGGAGGAGGGCAAUGAGACCUUCGUCCAGGUGCGGAACGUUCUGGAAGAAAGUACCAGGGAGGAGCCCCAGAACCUGAGGAUCGCCUUCGAGGACGACGAAGACGUCCGAGAGGCCUUCAAUUUCGCUGACAUCGACCACAGCUAUAUUCCCGGGAGGGAGGAAAUUAAGAAGCAAGGCCUGAAGCUGAUCGGCGACAAGACCAAAGUCGUCAAGAAGAAGCCCCGGGGGGCGGCCAAAAAGCCCGCUAAUUAA